GUGCCCAGCCGCGUUCUCAUGAAUGAUAAUUGAUGUGACAUUGUACUGCUCUCGCUCUUAUAGGACACAUUUUAACUCCUAAAUGACCUGAAAGCAGAGAACGGUAGAUACAGGGCGAGUGUUGUUAGUUUAUUUGAGCGUGUAGUUUUUAUUUUUGUAGUCGUUUUUUGGUGGUUGAGUUAAAGUAGCCGGCUAGCUUACGCUUAAACCAUCGCGAGAUUUGAAGCAGGACGCGAGCAAAAAGUUGACAAGUGUCUCUUGCCUUUGCAUGAUGUACACCAUCACCAGAGGUCCUAGCAAAUUGGUCACCCAGCGGCGCACAGGGCCUACACAGCCGCUUGACAACAAAACCAACGACUUCAAGCACAAACAAACGUCGUGGAGUUUGCCCGAGCUCCCUGCACCCAAGAUUGUGUUUAACCGCCCCAACGGCAAGAAGUACCAUCUGCCUCCCCCGAGUAUCCCCGCAGACCCCCAGCAGGAUGGGGGACUGACGGCGGCCCACGAGGACAACGUUAAGUUUGUUCAUGAAGCGUGGCAGGUGGUGGUCCAGCAGGAGCAGCAAACACAAGCGCUCCACUAUGAAGAUGACAGCCCCAGCCCUCACAUGGACACCUUCGUGCCCCUAGAUCUGGAUGAGUGGUGGGCGCAGCGCUUCCUGGCCAACAUAGACAAACUAUCCUGACGUUUCUUGAAGAGAUGUGGACCUUGACGAGGUCUCAGGUCAGCUGCACCAAAGCAGGAAGUGUUACUGGGAGAUGAGGGCCAGCAGCCCCCACCCCCCGCUGAGCAUGCAAGAGGCUGACGUCACGAAGACGUUUAGUGGCGCUGCACGAAGCGCGGACUUGAACUUCAGACCAACACUGGACGGCGUCGCUCAGCGCUCGCUGGUCAUUUCUUAUGUUUCAGAUGCAGUAAAAAGAUUCGACACAAUUGAAGAAGCCUGUCGCUUAUUUUAGAAUCAGCUCCCUCAGGAACAAGCCUGCUUGUAUUUACAAAAACGUGUUUCACCUUCACACCACUAGUGGCUGCUAACGGGUCUACAGAGUCCAAAGUCUACACGUCGGUCUCAGUGCUUCUGCAGAGCUUUGGUCAGCAGGUCGUUGAGGCGGGAAAUCAUGGGUCGGGGAUCGUCGUUCAGGCCGGCCGUGAUCAUGGCGUUGUCAUAAAUCUGAACACCAAAGUUAAAAGAUGUCAAAGCAACGCAAAAUCUCUAAACACAGCUCGAUAGAGACUGUUGGAGCAUUUGAUCGUGGACACUCCAGGUCCAACUCUGCAUUCUUCUUUUACCUUUGGACUCCAUCUUACUUAGGCUGACCCUAUCGUGACAACCAGCACACUCUGCCAGCCACAAGAUCCUCCAAAGAAAGUUUGCCUCCUCUGCAUGAUAAAAUGACAAAUGAUCACCUGAUCGAGGAGCAGAGCUGCCAGGUCAGAGUUGGAGUCCUUGAGCGCGUGGAGCUUCUUGAUGAGGUCGUGUCUGCAGCAGGAUGGAGAAGGACGUCACCACGAGGUGGCAUUGUUGCACUAAAUGACACUGAAGGCGGU